CGCCGGGCUGCCUUUGCUCUCACCUUUCCUCUCGUCUCGUCCCGUUGAAUCUCAACAUCAGGGACACAUGAAUCAAGCGUGUUUUAUUUUUUCUCUCCAAUACUUAUAUAUGAAGAGGAAGCAGUGGAAUGCUGCCAUUUGUGUUCCGGGUAAACAAACGUCUAUACUGUCUCCCAGCAGCAGCGCAUGAGAGAGGUUCGAGGAAGAGGACGGACUCCUCCCUACCCCGUGACACUUUCAAGACAGCACUGAGAAAGGAUAGCAGCCUUUUUCGGCCAGUCUGCGUACGGAGCAGAGAGACAGCUUUACGAAUACGACACUUCACUACAGUCGGGGGUUGCCAAUAUGGCUCUCCAAAGUUCCUUCUGAAAACGUGGACAUUUGACGGACGCGAGCAGUAGGGUGACAUUGGACACAUUUAUUAUUUUCCUUUUUCAUUCUUGGACUUGGACUUAUCCCCUGCGCUGUUGAUAUCCAGCGAGCAUUCCUGAUACGGAUCCUGUUCAUCGCAAGACCGUAGAAAGACCGCUGUAGCCUAUUAUAGAAGAAUUAUAACCACAGUUUUAUACAUCCGUCUACUGUUAUUCUUAUCCAUAUGUUGGCUAUAUUAUUUAGCGAAAAUAUUUUGUCUGCACGUUGAGGUAAUUUUUACGCAUAGGCCUACUGGAGCCGCCAAACUGACGUCCCAAGAACAUAUCAUAGGCUAUAACUGGACCCAGACAUUGAACCUGACUGCGAAACACUACAUACAGUGUCACUCGCGUUUGAUAAGUUCCCCACCUACUGUCGUCAAAUUUUAACCAAGUGAGAUUCCAAGUGAAGAACGUAUUGUCGUAUCUUUUGCAGGCUGAGCUAUUAAAACACCUCACAUAUUGGGGUAGAAGACAGCGAUUUUCUGUUGAAUUGUCUUGCCUAGUUUUCCAUUCAUAAACUGCGACAGAGGACAGAAAAGGCACACAAAUGUAAACGAGAGAAAGCAUCUCUCCUGCUGAAGUGUUGCCUACCCAAAACUGACUGAUCGCGCAGUCCACCCGCAUCGAAGAGGAAUACGUGCCGAACUUUGCUGUAGUGAUGCUGCAAGUGGAGAUGGUGCUAUUCGUCUUUCUGGUGCUAUGGAUGUGUGUAAUCAGCCAGGAGCCCAGCUCCAAGGUGGUGGCCGACCGUUAUGCCGUCUUCUGGAACCGAACCAACCCCAGGUUCCACCGUGGAGACUACCACAUUGACGUGUGUAUUAACGACUACCUGGACGUCUUCUGUCCCCACUACGAAGACACGGUACCGGAGGAACGCAUGGAGCGCUACGUCCUCUACAUGGUCAACUACGAUGGCUACAGUACCUGUGACCACACGGCAAAGGGUUUCAAACGCUGGGAGUGUAACAGGCCCCACUCCCCAAACGGACCGCUCAAGUUCUCUGAAAAGUUCCAGCUCUUCACCCCCUUCUCCCUGGGCUUCGAGUUCAGACCAGGCAGAGAAUACUACUACAUCUCCUCCACUAUCGCUGAGAACGGAAGAAGAACAUGCUUGAAACUCAAGGUUUUCGUCCGACCAUCAAACAGCUGUGUGAAAACUAUAGGCGUACAUGACCGUGUUUUUGACGUAAACGACAAAGUAGACAAUUCAUUAGAACCACGAGAUGAUACGAGUCACGAGUCGGCCGAACCUUCCAGGAGUGAAGACACGAACGCGGCGUCACACUCGCGGAUAGCCAGUCCACUGCUGGCUGCACAGCUCAUCUGCCUAGCGACACUCUUCACCUUAUAGCGCCUCCCUCUGUCCUGGAGGGGAAUUAAACCCUACGCGGCCUGUAUCUGCCUAAUGCUGGGGAAAGAGCUGGGGUGGGGGCGGGAUUCUAAUGAACACUCUAUUUUUUCCAGAUAUUUAAGUGGUCUUUUCUCCUUCAGUGAGUUUCAAAAAGUUGAUGUUGGAAGCAGGAGAGACUGUUUCCCUCUUAAAACUGUCAACUAAGAUGCCAAAUCCCUUUUUUGACACUUAGCGAUUCUUGUUUUCCCGUGACUUCUGAAAUCCCUUCAUUUCAUGAUGAUUCAUUAUGCUGCCCACACGCACGCACGCACGCACACACACACACACACGUAGGUACACACACCUAAACACUGACAGUUUAGCAGUAUGUAUUUUGGUGAAGCAGUCCAAUAACGUAACAGUGGUUUUAGCUCCUAAGUAGACAGUGAACAGAUUUGGGUAGUCUUUGUCUUCAUAGACUCUUUGGAUCACGUGAAUAUAGAUGUAGGUGGUUUUUGUUUAUAGGUAGUGGUGCAUCAUGGGAAUCAUUUGAGGCACAGCCGAACGUGGUUUGCAGAAGGGUAUGGGGACAGGUUCUUUGAAGUAUUAUUGAGUCCCUUGGCCUCUUUCAUGAAGGUAUGCCGUCGUUUACCGCCCUACUGUGCGGGGAGACCAUGGUCUGGUAAAGUUAAGAUAAUGCACGGACACAUUUGACCCGACUUACGCGAAACUAAAAUAAAGCACUUUUCGUCCAGAACUUUGUGGACCGUUGCUAGGAUGAAAUAUCAGUUGUUUUGAAGAUUACCCCCUUUAAGAGCGGCCGACGAGCAGCUCACUGUGUUCUUUCUCCACUGACGUCAUCUGGAAUUGCUCCUUUGUGACAGACGAUGCUUUGUCAAUAACUCCCAGGACUUUUAAACCUCCGCGUGAACCCUCAUUGAUUCGAUUCGGUUUGUUUUAAAAACUAAUUUCAGUGUGUCGUUCCGUACAUUCGGCACCUUUUCUCGCCGACGUUCUAAUUGUAAUCGAUGGUUACGUUACAGGCAUUUAUGUAUCCGAGUGUGGAGAGAUUUGGCGGUGUUGAAAGGUUAUGUCAACAGUUUAGACAAGAAAGCGGCUCUAACUCUUUGAAUGGGUCUGUAUCAACAGCUGAGAGAAGGCCUCUCGCCCGUAUAGAAAAUCACUACCACGUCCCUACAAUGCAGAUGCAUAUUUUUCCUACAAUUGCUUAUCAUUAGUUCACUUAGUUGUAGUGCAGAACUUGGCAUAAGGAAUGGGCUCUCAGCGUAGCUAUUUAAUUGACUCUGUCAGGAGGCACCGCCAUGUACUGUAGGAAACACUGGUGCUCUCCUGUAUUUUUUCGCAAGUCUUUACCACUUAUGCGUAACCACAUCUUCAACUCUAACCCCAGAUUCAGCAGCUAUUAGUCAAAUGGUGCUCAGAUUCUCUAUCUACAGUCCAUUAUUGCUGGCUGGCUGCAUGUUCUCAGCAAACCAGACCCCGUUCAUUUUACUACCGCAUAAUUCAAUCUAAUCACAAUCAACUUGAGUAUGUUAAGAGAAAAUAUCCAUUAAGAUGGAAGUGGAGCACAUAGCAGUUUAGUUUGGCCACGUUUUGUAUGAGCCCCUAUUUCUACAUUGUUUUAUAAUGACCAUCAACUUUCUUAGACUGGCACAUCCGACGGUAGAUUAGCAUAGCUGGAGAGAUUUUAAAAUGGAAAUACUGAUAUUUUGUGUUUUCUUUCCCGGAGUAGGAUGACCAGACACAUAAACAUGGUCUGUUGAUACAGGUUUCCUUUCAGAGGAUAGAUGUGCUUAGAACUCUCUCUGUGGUUGUUGCUAGAAGACGACGGCGGAGAGAAAAGUUAGGUGCCUAGUUACCGCUCCUACUGUUACAGGCUUAAGUGACUCUUUAAUGAGGUUCAAAAUGACAGGCAUGCAGACCCCAUGUUGUGGAGUUAGGGAGUUAUUUCGGCUAUUAAAAAUAGAUGGUGGAAGGCCUGGGGGGUCUCAGGAGGGUGGGUGUACAUUUCACCCUGUGGGGUUUUAAAGUGUCACUGACCUUCUAGUCGGAGAGUCCUAGUGAACGAACAAGACAGGAGUGAGAACGAAACAGAGAGAAAACUCGGGGGAAGCAAAAAUGUGACAGAAGAAAGAAGGUGACUGUAGUGCCUAACCUGAACCUUAAACCAUUACAUUCUCAAAAAAAAAUCCCCUGAUAAAAUUACAUACACAUCCACUUACAGUACUGUCAUUUUCCCCAAAGGCAUUUUUUGUCACAUUUGAUUUAUUUUUCGUGUCGAAUUUUCUCGGCUGUUUUCUAUAUUCUUCUCCUGAAGGGUUGCCUGUGCUUUUGGACAUAUUUGUUUUCGUACUAUGGUAACAAUGCUAUUACAGUAGAAAUAGCAGCUCGUCUUUGGCGCAAAACUGAAGAAUACGCCAUUUAAUGAGGUACUAAUUUUCACCCGAACACCACAGGGGAUGGGCAACGUGUUCAAACCAAGAUGGCCGCCUGCCAUCAACUUAAUUUUACAGCCUACACUUUGGGAGGAACAGCUUCAUUUGUAUUCUAUUAUAAUUACCCGUACUACCCCUGUAUCAUUAUCGCUACUAUUAUUACCAUGGUUUAUUCUGUACACACGUUAACUUGGGAAAUGAGGAUCAACUUGUUAACUGGAUACCGUGUAUCCUGAGGUCAACCCUAUAUCAUUUUGUGUUUAGUGAUUAGUAACUGUUUUUGUACCUUUGUGGGGGACAAAAGGAAAAAAUUAGACACUUCAUUGUUAAAAACUGUAUUAGUAAUGUUAUGAUGAUGACGACAACCACGACGAUUAUUAUUAUUAGCAAAAGCUCUUGAUGUAAAUAGUGUUUGAUAUUAAAGUAUUCAUUUGAUUCGUAUGUAUUUUCAACAAAAAAAAACGAACAAAAAAAAAACAAAAACAACUAUGAACACAGUAGAAUCUCUGGAUAAUUGGGGGGGGGGAGGGGGGGGGUUACACACGCGACCGGCGCAUUGUAAACGGUCAUCUUCGAUGCCCGGCGACGCCGUGAGAAAUCACGAGCUGUAGACGCCCAUGUGUUUCUGUGCAUGAGAUCUUCUGUGUACCUGCGUGUACCCUGCACCUCUACGUACCUGUGUACAACAGGCCGAACUUAAAGCCAACGGGGGCUUCACCUGCUACGUAGCCAUGUUUUAAUCCGUCUAGCCAGUCAACGGUCACCGUCGCCACUAUGUCACAUGGAUCCAUUUAGAACAGAACAGACGUGGACAUUGUUACGUGUUUGUGCUUUUUUCGCCCUUCAACGUUUGAUAGCAUGUCGGCCGACCCAGAGUCUCGCCGAGGACGGACUGUUGGUUGUUUUUUUUUUGUUUUUUUAAACGGAAGGACCUUGCCAGUUUCAUAUGUGGCAUGCGCAUGGACUUGAUAAUGAAACAC